AUGUGUCAGCUAUUGGGAAUGAACUGCGCAGCUCCCACCGAUUUUUCUUUUUCGCUCAAAGGCUUCUGCCGUAGAGGUGGAGAGACCGACAAGCAUUCGCACGGAUGGGGCGCUACUAUUUACGAAGGCCGAGGUUUGCGAUGUUUUCACGAUACGUUACCCGCGUGUCAAAGUCCCAUUGCCGAACUUAUUCAAAACUAUCCCAUUCGAACCUAUAAUAUGUUGGCCCACAUUCGCUACGCUACUCAGGGUGAGGUGUCACUCGAAAACGUGCAUCCCUUUACCCGGGAACUCUGGGGGAUUAACUGGAGUUUCGCGCACAAUGGUGACAUGCCUCUCUUCGCCAACACGGACCAGGAUAUAUUCCUCGGUAAAACAACAUCCGAUACCGUCCAUUUCAACGCCGUUGGUGAUACAGAUUCAGAAGCGGCCUUUUGUGCCAUAUUGAACGCGCUCAAAGCCGAAUUUCCGGAAGGCUUGCCGACUUUGUCCGUCCUACACGAAUUUCUGAACCACAUCUGCGACGAAAUUAUUGCUGGCCGUAGCGAGGAUACCAUUUUCAAUUUUUUGCUCGGCUGUGGUCAAUACACGUUGUUCGCCUAUUCCUGGCCCGGGGCGCGGUCCGGUUCCACCGUGUGGAACGGCCUGCACUACAUUGUGCGCGAGCCGCCCUUUUCGACGGCGCGACUGCUGGAUGUGGACUACACCAUUGACUUUUCGGCUGUGACGCAACCGAACGAUCGCGUCGCAGUGAUCACAACCAAACCGUUGACGGAAGAAGCGGGAUGGACGGAAAUGAAACGGGGCGAGUUACUCAUGUUCGACAAGGGU